ACAACUAUAUUAAUUUAUUGAAGUAUCACAUAUGGAAGUACUCAAUCAAGAGAUUAGGGUACACGUGAAUUCAGCCAGGCAAUGAACUUGAAAUACGAAUCUGCGCUAACAGUUAUAAGUAUGGAUAUAUAUAGCUGACUAUAUACUAAUUAACAUAAAUAUACAUAUGUAGAAUUCCACUCCCUUGCAUUACGUAUGCAGCGCCGGUGGGUGCCUGCAACAGCUUUACGCUCUUUAAACACAAUCAACGAUAAAUACAAGUACACAAGAGACAUAUCAGGGUGAGAUGAGCAAAAUAAAACAAAAUAAAGAAAUGGGAAUGGAAAGCGCUCAAACUACUACUUUUAUUUGGGGUUGAAUGCAAACUGUGAUGAUGACAUUGCGUGAAAGCGCCAAAAGAGCGCACUAUACGCACACGAGUAUUCGGUGUCGGCGCAACUGGCAGAAUCAGUGGUCGACAGUCUGUUCAGUUGGAGCGCGUUUACCGAUUGUGACGGUUUUGGGAGCGGCAAUUUUGAUAAAUUUAUGUGUUGUAAUUAUCGCCAGUGAAUGUAAAACGUGUGCUCAACCAUAACAAAUAAAAUAUUCACUUAAUAUACAGUGGAAAAGUUAUAAAAUGCAAAAUAAUUAAAAGAGAAAUGUAAAAACAACACACAACUUAAGUAGCUGUUAUCACGGUACAUAAGCUAUGUAUAUAAAUAUGGAACCUUUGUAAAUAACACUUAUAUUACAACAACAACAACAACAAAUUUAAAACGAUGCUAAUAAAGCCGAUUGCACUAGUUGUCCAGUAAUUCAGUUCUCGAUGGGAGCUCCAGCUGAACGGUCGUAGAGCUACAUAAGUAACAAAUAUUUCCGAAAUUGCAUACGUGUAUUGCUAAAGCGUGGUAUUUAUACGAAAAAUAUGCAUUAAAAAUCGCCAGCAAAACUCAACAAGUGUAAAAAAGUGUACCAAAAAACAUACCACAAAUCCGUAAAAAAGUGCAAAAUCGGCGUAAGAUAACAACUAGCAUUUACCGAAUUUCAUAAACAAGCUUAUUAAAAUGACAGAACGUUAUGCCAAUGGUGUUAACACAAGUUUAGUGCAUAAUUCGCAACCUGUUGCGGUCAAUGGUGGUGGAGCAGCCGCGGUCAACGGCCAUGGAAAUGGCAACGCGGCAAUUGCCGAUGCUGACAACGGUGAUAAAAUCGUAUUGAAACGCAAAUUGACGCUAUUGAAUGGUGUUGCUAUCAUUGUUGGCACUAUCAUUGGUUCCGGAAUUUUUAUAGCGCCAACAGGUGUCUUCAAAUAUACAGAAUCGGUGGGCUCGUCGCUGCUCAUUUGGGCUGCUUGCGGCAUACUCUCGACAAUCGGCGCACUGUGCUAUGCUGAAUUGGGCACGAGCAUCACACGUUCGGGUGGCGAUUAUGCAUAUUUGUUGGUGGCAUUUGGACCGCUAGUCGGCUUUUUGCGACUAUGGAUAGCUUUACUAAUCAUUAGACCAACAACACAGACAAUUGUCGCGUUGACUUUCGCGGAAUACGCGGCAAAACCAUUUUUUGAAGACUGUCAACCGCCCGAAUCGGCUGUCAAGAUUUUAGCGGCAAUUUGUUUGUGUUUGCUCACCGCCAUUAAUUGUUUAUCUGUGAAAUGGUCGAUGAAAGUACAGGACGUCUUCACGGCCGGCAAACUUUUGGCUUUGGUCAUGAUCAUUUUGGCGGGACUCUACUAUUUGGCUUUGGGCCGCUUUGAGAAUUUCGAAAAUGCUUGGGAGGGCAAUUAUGAUGCGGGCAAUAUUGGUUUUGCCUUUUACUCGGGUCUAUUUGCAUUCGGCGGUUGGAAUUAUUUGAAUUUCGUAACGGAGGAAUUGCAGGAUCCAUACAAAAACCUCCCACGCGCUAUUUGGAUUGCUAUGCCACUAGUAACCGGUAUUUAUGUACUUGUGAAUCUCGCCUACUUUGUUGUGGUCUCGAAAACGGAAAUGCUCAGCUCACUGGCAGUGGCGGUCACGUUCGGUAAUCGCGUGUUCGGUCCGCUUGCCUUCAUGGUGCCGAUAUUUGUGGCGCUUAGUACAUUCGGUGGCGUUAACGGUGUGCUCUUCACAUCGGCACGACUCUUUGCGACGGGCGCACAAGAAGGACAUCUACCGAAAUUCUUCACACUAUUCCAUGUUAAACAACAAACGCCCAUACCAUCAUUGAUAUUCUCGUGCAUCAUGUCACUCUUGACACUACUCACUGCCAAUGUUUACGUUUUGAUAAACUACUUUAGCGCCAUGUUGUGGCUGUCGGUGGUCGCCAGCAUAGCGGGCAUGCUCUGGCUGCGUCAUACCAAACCGAACAUUCCGCGUCCUAUACGCGUACACCUGGCACUGCCGAUAAUCUUCAUUAUAUGCUGCCUGAUACUGGUGCUUUUGCCUAGCUUCAAGGAUCCGAGUAAUCUCCUUAUUGGUAUCGCCAUUGUCGUAGCCGGUAUACCAUUUUAUUAUCUAUGUAUAGCACGUAAAAAUAAGCCAGCUUGCUAUGGUAGAAUCUCACGUGGUAUGGUGACUUUCUGUCGGGCCAUGUUUAAUACGGAAAUCAUAGAGGGUAGUGAAAAUGACGAUAAGUAAACCAAAACAAAAAGGCGGUGAAGGCUUUAUGAAAUAGAAAAUAAAACUAUGUUUUAUGGUUUAUAUUUUAGUUAAUAUUAAAUGAAACAAACUCAGCGCUAAAAAGUUUAUUUUUUAAGCUAAGUUUUUCCUAAUAAGCACAUACAGUCAUAUGGAAGUAUGCAAUUUUUUAUAGGCGUAUUAUUUGAUUGUUAGUGAAAAGUAUUGUAUUUAUUUCAUUAAAAUAGAAUUGAACUUAUUUUAUAAGUUAAAACUUAAGUUCAUGUAUUACAGUCAUUGGCUCAUUUACAGUAACACCAUUUUAAUAUACUUAUAACUUAUAUGUAUAUACGUUUGUAGACAAACAAUAUAUUUAUACAUAUGUCCCGAUUUAAACUUAAAGUGUAAAAAAAAUCAAAUGAAUAUGAAAUUUGAAUGUUGUAAUGAUGUAAGAUUCUUUGGCAGCUUCUAUAAAACAGCUAUAAAAACAGUAUCCUAAUUUUUAAGACGAUUUUCUUUCGUUCUAUUUCCCGAUAUUUUAAUUUUAACAAUUUGAAAGUAUCAGACAAUGAUACUAUAGCUAUGAUAUUUCAUUGUAUUAAGCCUUUUUGUUGUGGAUUUAAAAGACGAAACGAAAUAAUUAUGACAUUUUAGGGAAUAAUGCCUUAAACGAUAUUAAAGCAUGCAAUGCAGCAUAAUAUUAUACAUGUACGUUAGUUAGAAUAAUAAUACAAGAAAAGAACACGAAUUUCUUCUAAGCGGCAUGCAAAAGAAUACUCGCUAAAAAAAAAAAAAACAAAAAAUAA